AUAUGCCCAAAGCCUUGUUGAAACUUGCCAGAAACCCUAUCUUCGUUUGUCACACUGCUAGUUUGACGCUACGAAUAAUAGGCUUCUCAGGUUACUUUGUCUUUAUGCCUAAAUAUAUGGAGAAUCAGUUCCGUCAGUCAGCCUCUACAGCGAGUUUGUUCUCGGGAGCAACAAGCAUCUUGACAAUGUUAGUGGGAAUAAUGUUGGGAGGAGCAGUGAUUAGGAAAUUCAAGCCCCGGCCUCGUUAUUUGACCGGAUAUAUGGUUGGUGUGGAAUUCUUCAGCUUGGCUGGACUUUUUGCUUCUAUGUUCAUUGGCUGUCCCUCACUCGAUAUGGCGGGAACUACGUUGGUUGGAAAUGAGUUAAAUCUGAACAACGAAUGUAACAAUGGAUGUGGCUGUACUCAGCAUGUCUUUGAACCUAUCUGUGGACCAGACGGUCACUCUAAUUAUUUCUCUCCCUGUUUUGCUGGGUGUAAAGCAUUAAAUAACACAGAUGAAAACCUGGUGAGAAUUUAUGUCAACUUAUUCAUUACACAU